AAAUCUCAGAUAGGGAUUAGGGUGAGAGAUGAAGUAAAACCCUCAACAACCCUUCAAACUUCACUUCAAACCUCACAAUCCAAACCAUAACAAACAAGGAGCCACAGACCAUAUAAGAGUGCGGCACAAAAAUAAGAGAGAGAAAGAAAAAACUAGAAGAGUUGAGUUCAUCCAUCGAUCGGUAGAUAGAUAUGAAGAAGCGCAAAGUUCAUCCAUCACCACCCGCUGUUUCCGACCACCUUGCGUUCCUUCCGGCAACGCUACUGACACUGACGGUGACGCUUUCCCCAGAAGAAAAGGAGGUGCUGGCGUAUCUCAUCUCUUGCACCGGAAACUCAACGGAUGUUCGGAGGAACACCCAGAAGACUGCUGCUGUUGCCGGCCGCGGUGGUGGAGAUCAUCCAUCAUCGUUUAACUGUAACUGUUUCCGAUGCUAUAUGAGCUAUUGGGUUCGGUGGGAUUCUUCACCAAACCGUCAACUUAUACACGAGAUACUUGAUGCCUUCGAAGAUGGGUUACUGCAACAUCAAAGAGCUAACUCUAACUACAAGAACAAAAGAGAGAGAAAGAAGAGAGGUGGUCACGGUUCGAACAACGAUGUGAAGCCUUUUGAAGAGGGUUCGGUGUCCGGCACGAGUUGGAUGAGUUUGAUGCGGUGGAUGUGAGCAGCGAUGGUGGUAGUGACGGCGAUCUGACGGUGGUUGUGGUGGUUGCGGAGGGGAGGAAGAGGAGGAGAAAGGAUCGAUGAGGCGGUUUGUGAGUUUUAUUGGGGAGAGGAUUUGGGGCGUUUGGAAUCUAUAGAAAAAAGAAGGGAUUAGAUAUAGAAAAAAAAGGUGGGUGGAGCUCCUCUUCCCUGCUCCCUGCUUAAGGAUGCUCUUUCUUCUUUAUAUUUGCUCUUAUUUAUUUUAUUUUUCCCUUCUUUCCACUUGUUUAUACUACCCUUUUUGAUAAUGUAAGAUGGGUAUUUUGAAUUAGCACAAGCUUUUUCUGUCUGAAACUUGGAAUGAAGAUGGUCUGGUCUGGCUUUUGAUGAUAAA